AUGGCGGAAGGAGGUGGAAGGCAACCAAUCCGAAACAUUGCGCCUGGAGGAGGUGGAGUGCCGGAUUUGGCUCAACAAGCCUUGUUACGAGAAAUCCAACGCAUGAUCCAAGUCGAAAGUGAUCAAGGAUCAAACAUAAGUGAAGGACGAAGAGGUCAAAGGAACCGAGGUAAUUGGAAUCAAAGACGCAUGGAUGACGACUUAAGAAACAUUAAACUAUCCAUUCCAUCCUUUCAAGGAAAAUCUGAUCCGAAAGCCUACUUGGAAUGGGAGAAGAAGAUCGAAUUGGUUUUUGAUUGUCAUAAUUAUUCCGAGAUCAAAAAGGUGAAGUUGGCGGCCAUAGAAUUCUCCGAUUAUGCUAUGAUAUGGUGGGAUCAACUUACUACGAGCCGAAGAAGGAAUGGGGAACGGCCAAUAUCAACUUGGGCUGAGAUGAAGGCCGUGAUGCGACACCGAUUCAUUCCCUCCUAUUACCAUCGGGAACUCUAUCAAAAACUUCAAAAUCUUACUCAAGGCUCAAAGAGUGUUGAGGAUUAUUUCAAAGAGAUGGAGAUCGCGAUGAUCCGAGCCGAUGUCCAAGAAGAUCGUGAAGCAACGAUGGUGCGAUUCCUUGCUGGUCUCAACCGAGAUAUCGCUAACAUUGUGGAACUCCAACAUUAUGUUGAGAUAGUGGACAUGGUACACAUGGCCAUUAAGGUGGAGAAGCAACUUAAACGAAAGAGUACCACUCGAAGCUAUCCUAUCCAAAGCACAACUAGAUGGGGGCAAAGUUCGAGUAAAACUAAUCCACCAAGUCGCGCCAAAGAACCGAUGGUGCCAACCAAAGGAAACAAACCCAUGGGCGACACAAGCAAAGGAAAGGCAACUGAUUCAUUUGCUAAUCGUUCAAGGGAUAUUAAGUGUUUUAAGUGCCUUGGAAGGGGCCAUAUUGCGAGUCAAUGUCCCAACCGCAACGUCAUGGUGGUUCGAGCAAAUGGAGAAAUAGAAUCGGAGGAAGAAGAACUUGAACAUGAGGCCGAAAACGUGUCUGACAAUGAAGAAGAAGUGGAACAUGCUCUUGAUGGAGAACUCCUAGUAGUCAAAAGGAGCCUAAGUAUCCAAAGUAUCGACGAUGAACAACAACGAAAGAACAUCUUCCAUACUCGUUGUCAAGUACAAGGAAAGCUAUGUAGUGUCAUCAUCGAUGGAGGAAGUUGUACGAACGUGGCAAGCACUCUCAUGGUGGAAAAAUUAAAUCUACCGACCACCAAGCAUCCAACUCCGUACAAACUUCAAUGGCUCAAUGAUGGAGGAGAGUUAAAGGUGACAAAGCAAGUUCUAGUCUCCUUUUCCAUUGGAAAAUAUUCUGAUGAAGUGCUAUGCGAUGUUGUUCCGAUGCAUGCGGGUCACUUGUUAUUGGGCCGUCCAUGGCAAUUCGAUCGUCGAGUUAUGCACGAUGGUUACUCAAAUCGAUAUUCUUUCAAGCAUAUGGGAAGAAAUGUAACCCUAGCCCCAUUGACGCCAAAAUACCGAACCAAUCCCGAAGAAACCAAAGAGCUUCAAUGUCAAAUCAACGAACUCAUGGAAAAAGGCUAUAUUCAAGAAAGCCUUAGCCCAUGCGCUGUACCGGUUUUGUUGGUGCCAAAGAAGGACGGAACAUGGCGCAUGUGCGUCGAUUGCUGUGCCGUAAAUAAAAUCACCAUCAAGUAUAGGCAUCCCAUACCGCGUUUAGAUGAUAUGCUUGAUGAGUUAAGUGGUGCCAAGUUAUUCUCAAAAAUUGAUCUCAAAAGUGGAUACCAUCAGAUUCGAAUGCGCGAAGGUGACGAGUGGAAAACCGCUUUUAAAAUGAAACAUGGUGUUGGAAUAGGUGCCGUGUUAACUCAAGACGGGAGGCCGAUCGCUUACUUUAGUGAAAAGUUGAAUGGUGCCGUGCUAAACUACCCCGUUUAUGACAAGGAGAUGUAUUCACUUAUCCGCGCUCUCGAGACUUGGCAACACUAUUUGUGGCCGAAGGAGUUCGUGAUCCAUUCGGAUCAAGAAGCGUUAAAGCACAUUAAAGGACAACACAAAUUAAACAAACGCCAUGCUAAGUGGGUGGAGUAUUUGGAGUCAUUUCCCUAUGUCAUUAAAUAUAAAAAGGGUAAGGAAAAUAUCGUAGCUGACGCUCUUUCAAGAAGGUAUACCCUUUUGUCGUAUUUGGACUCUAAACUACUUAGUUUUGCAUUGUUAAAAGAUUUAUAUCCUGCUGAUGAUGAUUUUGGAGAAAUAUUUGUUGCUUGUGAAAGUGUUGCUAUUGAUAAGUUUUAUAGGAGUGAUGGAUUCCUUUUAGAGAAGGAAAAUUAUGUGUGCCAUGAGUUCGUGACGAGACCUAUUAAUGCUAAAAAGAAGGCCGAGUAUGUAAAGGAGUUACAUCGAAAAGUUCGAGCCAACAUUGAAGCAAGAACCGAGAGUUAUGCUAGGAAAGCGAAUAAGGGUCGUAAAAGAAUUAUCUUUGAACACGAUUCCGAUUUGAGGGCAAAUCGCUUUGAAGAGGGGGAGGAUGAUACAGCCACACCUCAAUUCCAAUCUAGCUCGAGCAAGGAGCCUUUGGAGCUGCCUCAAGGUCCCAUCACCCGAUCACGAGCCAAACAAUUCAAGGAGGUUUGUUUGGCUUUAGUUAACAAAGUUUGGGCGAGACUUUGGUUGAGCACAUCGAAGAAGCUUGGACCAACUCAAGAACACUCCAUGCAUUUUACUACGAGCUGA